CUCCGGUGCGGGUGUUGUCCGUCUCUCCCGGCUGCUUCCAUCUAUCCAUGCAGUUCACUUCAUUGUACUGGCCGUGCUCAUCAAUUAAGCUCGUUUUAGGUGCACUCAUUACCUGCUGCAACUCCGGGGAGGAUCGGGAAACCGCGGACGGGAGGCCGGGGAGAAGUUUUUGAGUGCCGGGGGAAAGCGGAGUGAGACGAAAACCCAGUCAUGCCCUCAGUGAUGGAGCGCUCGGGGGCCGGGGUCCUGUCCAGGAGCAGAGCCAAAACCGUAACCAAUGGCAACAGCCAACCACACUCCGAGGAGGAGAGCAGCGACGAAGAGCACGCUCACGACAGCAUGAUCAGAGUGGGAGGAGACUACCAGGCUCAGAUUCCGGAGUUCAAACCAGACAGCCCAACUCGCUACAACGAGAAGGACCAGAGGAGCAUGUUGGUGUGGUGUCCCAACAGUCAGCUCUCUGAUGCAAUGUUGGACGAGUACAUCCUGAUGGCUAAAGAGAAACAUGGAUACAACAUGGAGCAGGCUCUUGGCAUGUUGUUAUGGCACAAACACGAUGUGGAGCGCUCACUGGCCGACCUGGCAAACUUCACCCCCUUCCCAGACGAGUGGACAGUCGAGGAUAAAGUGUUAUUCGAACAGGCCUUCAGCUUCCACGGCAAGAGCUUCCACCGCAUCCAGCAGAUGCUUCCAGACAAGAUGAUCUCCAGUCUGGUGAAGUAUUACUACAGCUGGAAGAAGACCAGGACCAGGACCUCCGUUAUGGAUCGACAGGCCAGGAGGCUGGUUAGCAAGAGAGAGAAAGAUGACAGUAAUGAUGAGGUGGAGGAAGGAGACCCAGGCAGCGACAGCGACUUUGAGAUUGACACCAAGAAAGAGCAGGCGGUGAAGCAGAACCCCAGCAGCACCACCUCUGACAAAGCCACCCCCAGUCGCUCUGGACCGGUGAAGAAGGAGAACAUCGGGGCUCAGUACAGACACCACCCGCUCAGAGCCCGUCGCAGGCCACCCAAAGGGAUGCACCUGGUGCAGGGGGACAUCAUGUCUCUGUCGGCCUCCCAUGAUUCUGGCGUUCUAACUAUACGUCAGCUGGACACGCAGCUGGUUUCACUCAAGAGACAGGUUCAGUCUAUUAAACAGAACAACAGCAGUUUGAAACAGAGCCUAACUGAGGGUGUUGAUACAUUAAAACCUACUGACCCUGCCCUGAAGAUGAACUCUCGUUGGACCACAGAGGAGCAGCUCCUGGCCGUGCAGGCCAUCCGUCGCUAUGGUAAAGACUUCACAGCCAUCGCAGAAGUGAUCGGAACUAAGACCCCAGCCCAGGUGAGCUCGUUCUUUGUGAGCUACCGGCGCCGCUUCAACCUGGACGAGGUGCUGAGGGAGUGGGCGGCCGAGCAGGUGGCCACCAGCCGAGACCAGAGAGACCCCAGGAGGAGCGGCGAGGAGAUGGCAGCAGCUACAGAUGGAGGCGCAGAGGAGGACGAGGUCAAAAUGGAGGACUGUCCCUCAGACGCUGCCGGCGGCUCCUCUCCCCCCUCCUCCACCCAGACCCCCUCCUCCCUCUCCCAGCCUCCCCCGCUGCUGCGCCCGGCUCCCCCCUCCGCCCCUCCGAGCCUCCUCCGCCAGCCGCCUCCCCUCCAGACCCGCCCGCUGCACAACCGAGCGCCCCACAACCACCCACCGCCUCCACUCAUCCGGCCUGCCAUCACCUCCUCCUCCUCCUCCACCGGGAGCUCCAGCCUCAGAGGUUCUCCACCCAGCUCCUCCUCCUCCUCCUCCUCCGCUGCAGUGCAGAUGCCUCCAUCACUGGUCGGGCUCAAAGUGGAGCAGCCCACCUCGCACUGAUACACACACAUGUGACAGUAGGCAUAGAAACACACACACACACAUUAGCAUGCAAACACACAGACACGAAGCUCCAUCAUCACUUCACGCCUUCAUUCCUGGGACCAUCGCACCAUCCACUGCUCAGGUCCCAAAGGUGACGCUCUGAAAAACAUGUCAGGAAGAGUGUGAGGACCCCCCUCAGCGAUCUGAAGCCCCUUUACUGUACGAACACACACCUACCUCCAGUACACAACUCCGUAACACACACACACACACUCCACUGAACAAAGAGACACUGGAUCAUCAAGCUGUUGAAGAAAGCCAUGACCCACCUGCUCGUCUCCAUGGCAACUGCUGAACAUCUGGAUUGCAGCGGAAUGCGGUUGAACACACACACACACACACACACACACACACUCUAUCUAUAUAUAAAUAUCUAUACAGUAGGUUCCACUGAGCGAGCAUCGAGUCAUCCAAACAACUUUCAGGAAACAGAGAGAAAAGAGAGGAAGAGUCGUCCACAUCUGAGCCAAACUGCUCCUCCUGCGCUGGAAAUCCUCCUUUGCUUUAAAUCUUCACCAUAGAAGCUGCGAGUCGAACAUUCUGGUUUUUUAACGGUUGUUGAUGAAUCUGUUGGUUCCUAAUUGGGCAAAAAUAAAAGUGGAAAAAGAAGAGCAGGAGGCCUCGCUCUGCUCUCAGCCAUGUAUUACUAGUAUUAACUGGAGUGAUGUUUCCCUUUAUUCCUUUUGACUAGACUUUUAAAGGUGAGCCCUAGGUAGGCGCUUAGUGACUGUAUGUAGUUUAGAUUCUUUAUUAUGAUGAUUACUGACUGAGCACUGAGGAGAUAAAGAGCCUUUUAACACAUGAAGUCCCACCAUCCAACACUGUAGCCUCUCCUCUGUACGACACGUUUGAUCUACUCUGACCUCCAACAGGUUUGUGUCCACUGGAAACAAAAAAAAAAAGUUCUGCCAAAGUCUGUUAUUGCUUUAAAAGCACACAAGAGUUCCAACGUCUCCAGUCAAGAAAAGUUGUUUGGCAUCGUUGGGGUGGCGUCUCUGUAGGACGUCCAAACCAGCUCCGGUCGGGUCAGGAUGUUUGAAAAAAUGAAUUUACAAAGAAGCUAUGACAACUCCGAAGCUUUCUCCAGAGGUCAAAGGAGAUCAGGAAGAAGUUAACGGUAAAUUUAGCCAACGAACCAUCAGGAAAAGCUUACUAUGUAAUUUAGGGCUUAAUGCAUCCUGAGGUGACGAUUUCACAACUUCACCAACAAACGACUGAAACCGUAUCUGUCUGUGACACUUUAGCUCCUCAUCUCUGUCCUCUUUAUCACUGCCUUUUCACAGACGCCACGUUUCUGCAGCACCGAGUCGAGUCGUUCCGUCGCUACGUUUGGCUUUAAAGUGACUUUGCUCGGACUUGUUUUCUUACGUUCGUUUGUUCGUUCCUCCAAAAAAAACCUGCUUGUGUGUAACGUAUGUGAGAAGUUGUUUACAUUGUGGAAACUGAACUGUUUGUGUUUGAGAAAUGUUUUUUUUGUUUGUUUGUUUUUUUUUUGAAUAAAGAAAUGACCAAAUA